UCAGGGAAGUUAGGAACAAAUAUACACGGGCAGUUAGGAAAGCUAAGGCUAGCUUUUUCAAACAGAUAAUUGCAUCCUGUUGUACUAGCUCAAAGAAGUUCUGGGACACUGUAAAGUCCAUGGAGAAUAAGAGCACCUCCUCCCAGCUGCCCACUGUUCUGAGGCUAGGAAAAACUUUCACCACCAUUAAAUCCACUAUAAUUGAGAAUUUCAAUAAGCAUUUCUCUACGGCUGGCCAUGCUUUCCAACUGGCUACCCCUACCCCGGUCAACUGCCCAGCAUCCUCUACAGCAACCCCGCCAAAGCCCCCACCAUUUCUCCUUCACCCAAAACCAGAUAGCUGAUGUUCUGAAAGAGCUGCAAAAUCUGAACCCCUACAAAUCAGCCGGGCUAGGCAAUCUGGACCCUCUCUUUCUAAAAUUAUCAGCGAAAUUGUUGCAACCCCUAUUACUAGCCUGUUCAACCUCUCUUUCGUAUUGUCUGAGAUUCCCAAAGAUUGGAAAGCUGCCACGGUCAUCCCCCUCUUCAAAGGGGGUGGACUUCAAGACCCAAACUACUACAGACCUAUAUCUAUCCUACCCUGUCUUUCUAAGGUCUUCAAAAGCCAAGUUAACAAACAGAUUACCGACAAUUUCGAAUCCCAGUAUACCUUCUCCGCUAUGCAAUCUGGUUUCAGAGCUGGUCAUGGGUGCACCUCAGCCACGCUCAAGGUCCUAAAUGACAUAACCGCCAUCGAUAAGAGGCAUUACUGUGGAGCCGUAUUCAUCGACCUGGCCAAGGCUUUCGACGACUGUCAAUCACCACAUUCUUAUUGGCAGACUCGACAGCCUUGGAUUCUCAAAUGAUUGCCUCGCCUGGUUUACCAAAUACUUCUCUGAUAGAGUUCAGUGUGUCAAAUCGGAGGGCCUGUUGUCCGGACCUCUGGCAGUCUCUAUGGGGGUGCCACAGGGUUCAAUCCUUGGGCCGACUCUCUUCUCUGUAUACAUCAAUGAUGUUGCUCUUGCUGCUGGUGAUUCUCUGCUACACCUCUACGCAGAUGACACCAUUCUGCAUCCUUCUGGCCCCUCUUUGGACACUGUGUUAACUAACCUCCAGACGAGCUUCACUGCCAUACAACUCUCCUACCGUGGCCUCCGUGGCUCCAGCAGGUAUAUCUCACUGGUCACCCCCAAAGCCAAUUCCUCCUUUGGUCGUCUUUUCUUCCAGUUCUCUGCUGCCAAUGACUGCAACGAACUGCAAAACUCUCUGAAGCUGGAGACUCAUAUCUCCCUCACUAGCUUUAAGCACCAGUUGUCAGAGCAGCUCACAGAUCACUGCACUUGAACAUAGCCCAUCUGUAAACAGCCCAUCUAUCUACCUACCUCAUCCCCAUACUGUAUUUAUUUAUUUAUCUUGCUCCUUUGUGCCCCAGUAUCUCUACUUGCACAUUCAUCUUCUGCACAUCUACCAUUCCAGUGUUUAACUGCUAUAUUGUAAUUACUUCGCCACCAUGGCCUAUUUAUUGCCUUAAUUCCCUUAUCUUACUUAAUUUUACCCACUGUAUAUAGACUUUUUGUUUUCUUUGUUCUACUGUAUGUUUUGUUUAUUCCAUGUGCAACUCUUGGUGUUGUAUGUGUCAAAUUGAUAUGCUUUAUCUUGGCCAGGUCGCAGUUGCAAAUGAGAACUUGUUCUCAAAUAGCCUACCUGGUUAAAUAAAGGUGAAAUAAAAAAAUAAAAAAUCCCUGUAUCUCAUGGUCAUGUAAGGUUGUAACUGAGUCCUUGAGUGAUUCAGUAUCCUUAAUUUCCCCCAAAACUGGGCAUUGUCUUCUAUUUCAAAAAGUGCUCGCAUCUAAAAUUAUUUUUCCAAUAUACUGACUCAUGCAAUGGGAUCGAAUGACUCAUCAAUGGCUGAUCAAUGACUACAUGUGUUGUUCUAUCUCACAGCUGACUUGGCUUGUCUGGAAAGUCUAAUCAGUCAAGUUUUAAUGUCAUGUUCACUAGUACAGGGUUGUAAAUGCAUUGUAAUUGCCUUUCUUGCAAGCUCUAAACCCAACAAUGCAGUAAUCAAUAUAAUUGUGGUACUAAAAAUAACAUAAGGUAGAACAAAAACACACACAAAUGAUACAAAAUAUAAUAAAAAUGUUUGGUCUUAGAGUUCAUAAAUAUUGCAGGAGUUCUUGAUGCGGCUCCCAUGCUUCGACAGUUACAACAGUGUCAGGCUGACAAUGCAUGGUGUUUUACCUCAAUAAUAAAACCAACAGUAUAUUUCUAUUGAAUGGUAGAGCAGCCGGCAGGCCAAACACACUUUAUGAAGUCAGAUAUAAAGAUCGUUCCGUUUUACAAUCUUGGAAGGCGGUGCAGUGAAUUCUGUAUCUGUUGUCCUUGGGUGAUGAUUCAUUAAAGUUGUAUUUAUGGUUAACCAGCACCAAUAGUGUGUUCUUCCAUGAUUUUGUCAGGACAAGGGGAGCACACAAGGAAGUCUUGCUAAACGGGAGGAUGCUUUGCUAGUAGUUUUCAGCGUUGUUCAACAUCAACAAGUAAGCAAGACUUAUCACAUAGGAAUAUUGGACAUUAGUUCUUGGGAUUCUAGGAUGCUUGUAGAAGGACAUUUCUUUCCAUUGUGGAUGUCUAUUGUAAGUGUCAAAUAACUGCAAUAAUUUCAACACUUAAUCUGUAUUGAUACUGGCAUUCCUGAGGUGCUGACUGAGAAUUUAUGUGCUAUUGGUUUGUUCUCUUGGAAGACUGAAAAACGGUUGGCCUCAAUUUUAGUAAAAGUGUUUUAUUUUGACCUUGAUUUAACUUUGUGAAAGUUAAAUAAUUCUGUAAUUCAUAUAACAUUCAUUUGAUCGAAUUUUAAAUGGGAAAAAUUGUGUGCAUUGGAAAGAAAGGAAAUUAAAUAUUAGCAACAUUGCCUAACAAUCAAACUGUAAGAUCUAAGUUACGAGCAGUGGGUGAAGGUGUUUAGAUAGUAAAGGUGAGAUAAGUGUCGUCCCUGCCUGAGAGAUCUCUUCUGGGCUCAUUAACCAUGACGAUGGGCACAGGGGGCCCCGUGGCCUCGUUCUCUGUGUGGGACUAUGUGGUAUUUGUGGGCACAGUCCUGGGGGCAGCUGGCAUUGGCCUGUUCCAAGCCAUCCGGGGCCGCAAGAACAACAGCAGCGGUGAGUUCCUGCUGGGGGGCCGUCAGAUGACAGCGGUGCCCGUUGCCAUGUCCCUCACUGCCAGCUUCAUGUCUGGCAUCACCGUGAUCGGCACACCAGCCGAAGCCUAUCGGUUUGGGGCGGACUACUGGAUCUUUGCCAUCUCCUAUGCCAUCAUGUCCAUCAUCACCGCCGAGAUAUUUGUCCCUCUCUUCUACCGCCUGGGCAUCACCAGCACCUAUGAGUAUCUGGAGAUGCGCUUUAAUAAGUUGAUUCGGGUGAUCGGGACAUCCAUGUACAUCACACAAACGGCCCUGUACACUGGUAUGGUCAUAUAUGCGCCAGCUCUCGCACUCAAUCAAAUCACAGGGAUGAACCUCUGGGGAGUGCUGGUGGCCACUGGGGUGGUGUGCAUCCUCUACUGUACCCUGGGAGGUCUGAAAGCGGUGAUAUGGACAGACGUGUUUCAGAUGGUGAUCAUGUUAGCAGGUUUUGUGGCUGUCAUCGCAAGGGGGGCUGUCAUCCAGGGGGGCCUGGGGAAGAUCUGGGAUGACUGCUACCAGGGAGGCAGGCUCAGCGCGUUUGAUUUUGAUCCAGACCCUUUGAAGCGUCACACGUUCUGGACGAUCGUGGUUGGUGGCAGUGUAAUGUGGGUGUCCAUUUACUCCAUCAACCAGUCACAGGUGCAGCGUUACAUCUCUUGCAAAACCCUAACCCAAGCCAAACUGUCACUGUAUGGGAAUAUAAUUGGUCUCUGGUUGACUGUGAGCUUAGCAGUGUUCUCCGGCCUCACCAUGUACUCCAUUUACAAAGACUGUGAUCCAUUCACUAACGGUGAUGUAGGGGCAGUUGAUCAGCUGCUUCCUUACCUGGUGAUGGACAUUCUGGCAGCCUAUCCUGGAGUCCCUGGAUUGUUUGUGUCUGCAGCAUACAGUGGCACCCUAAGUACUGUGUCCUCCAGCAUCAAUGCGCUGGUGGCUGUCACUGUGGAGGACUUUGUCAGGCCAGUGUGGAAAAACCUGACAGAGAAACAGGUGUCCUGGAUCAACAUGGGCCUCAGUGUUUUCUUCGGGUUUUUGUGCAUUGGGAUGGCUGCAAUAGCUUCACUGAUGGGAAGCAUUUUGCAGGCAGCACUGUCCAUAUUUGGAAUGAUAAGUGGACCUCUUCUUGGACUUUACGUACUAGGCAUGUUCUGGCGCACAGCAAACUCAACAGGGGGACUAACAGGACUGAUUGUGGGCCUUGUUAUUACACUGUGGGUAGGGAUUGGUGCGCAGAUAUACCCACCCCUAGCUGAUAAGACCAACCCCCUGCCAAUCAGUGUGGCAGGCUGUAACCGCACACAGGACCUGAACUACACCACCCUGGCCCCAUGGACCGGGGCAGUAACACUGACCCCUCUGCCUGAUGACCGGCCAGCUCUGGCAGACUCAUGGUACUCCCUGUCCUACUUGUACUUCUGUCUCCUGGGCAGUCUGGUGACUGUGAUCGUGGGCCUGGUGGUAAGCGCUAUCACAGGUGGUUGCAAGCAGGACAAUCUACGCUUGGAUCUCUUUGUAAGGAGACGUGAUCUAUUCUGCGCUGGCUGUGGCAAGGACUCAGAGGCAUUAGACUCUGAGAUAAAUGAAAAGGCUGGAUCGGAGCUGAAGAAUGGAUCAAACAACGCUGCAUUCAAAGACUCUCAGUUUAACAUUGUGGAAAAGGAUGUGGAAAAGGUCACUAAAAUGUGAUGCUGUCACCAAGCUAAAUACACUCUGUCAACUGGAGUGCUCCAAGAGAACAAUUUGUCCUCUCACAUUUCCAUUCUAGUUUUAUUGUAAUGAAAUUCAUUGCUAAGAAAGGAAGCCCGAGUGUGUAAUUACGCAGAUGAAGUCCCUAAUCAGCAAAUGUGUGUGAAGAACAAGAACAAAGGACUAGCAUUACUAACCCCAUAUUCAACAGGGUCAAUAUGAACCGUGGGUUCGACAAAACAGUCAUGUUAUUUUUAUGUAUUUAUUUUAACUCAGCUGGGCUUUCAGUUUCUUGCUGUCGAGAGUUGUAAUAGUAGAGAAUGCACAAGGCACCAAUUCAAAAUGUGUUAGUGUAUGGGCAGUUUUCCUCUUGCUAUUUCACUCACUGACAGACUUUAAAGAGCCAUUUAUAACCUGUCCAAAAUGUCCAGUUGAUCAACUAGGUAGCCUAUGGUAGCUAGGUAGGUAUGUGAGGCUAACCAGCUAUCUUAUAGUUGUAGUUGUCAUGGCCAGAUGAAUUAAUCAGGGACCUCAACCACAAAGCGGCCUCCUUUGUUUUUGUUGAGUCACUAAAGUAUCAUGUGAACGCACAUAUGACAUGGCAAAAUGUCUAUAAUUGGAGGAAAUUAGCUUUAAAACUGCAACAACACCAACAACAACAAAAAUAAAUCGUCUACAAGAGGGGUGUGAACAGUUUGGGGUCGAUGGGUUGUGAGGUGGGGGUUUAUGACUUUUUAACAUUGUGUUAAGAUUAUAGAUAAAAUAGGUUUAAUUAAAAAUACAUAAAUUAAAAUGUACAUCUAACCUACUUGUCACUACAAAUAAUGGACUUGUAAUAUGAGAAUAUGCAGUUGAUAUGUGAUCAUGUUUAUUUUGUGUUUUACGGCCUUGAGGCUGAUACAACACAUUUGACUGUAUAUUCAUUUUGUGGCUAUAAAGAUUGUGUUGAAAUGUA